AUGACAAAUAUACAUGAAAACGUCCAGAAUUAUUAUGGUGUAGAACUACAGCAAUCAACUGGUUCAAAAACAGAUGUUUGUUGUUCAAAGGCUGAUGUACCUUCUUUUAUCAAAGAUAUUCUAAAAAAGAUUCAUCCAGAGGUUGUAGCAAAAUAUUAUGGAUGUGGUUUAGUCUUCCCACCAAAACUUGAAGGUUGUCGUGUAUUAGAUCUUGGUUCUGGAGCAGGUCGUGAUGUUUAUAUUUUAUCAAGUCUUGUUGGAGCUCAAGGAUAUGUUGUUGGUGUUGAUAUGACUAAAGAACAACUUGAUGUUGCUAAUCGUUUUAUUGAUUAUCAUACAAAAGCAUUUGGUUUUGAAAAAGCCAAUGUUGAAUUUCGUUUGGGUAAAAUUGAACAGCUUACUGAUGAUUCUGGAAUGAAAACUAAUUCAUUCGAUGUUAUUGUAUCAAAUUGUGUUGUUAAUUUAACUCCUGAUAAGAAGAAAGUUUUACAACAAGUAUAUGAAAUGUUAAAACCUGGAGGUGAAUUUUACUUCAGUGAUAUGUAUGCUGAUCGACCGAUUCCGAAAGAAUUACAUAGCAAUAAAAUUCUUUGGGGUGGAGGAUUAAGUGGUGCUUUGGUAGAAAGUGAUUUGAUUGCAAUAGCACUUGAUACUGGUUUUACAAAACCGUGUUUGAUAAGAAAAAGUCCAAUCAAAGUGAUUAACGAAGACUUGAAAAAAUUAGUUGGCGAUAUCAAAUAUGCCUCGUGUACUUAUCGUUUGUUUAAGAAUAAAUCAGAUGAAGAUUCUACCAUAUUUGAUAAUAAAUAUGGUGCUUUGGUAACUUACGUAACACCAAUGACUUAUUGUGAAAAUGAAUUUCUAUUCGAUCAAUCAAUUACAUUAAAACUUCAUGAUCAACCUCAAUAUUUUAAUGCUGAAUUGAUCAACAUGUUGCGCAUAUCAAGAUACAGUGAUAAUUUUAAAAUUGAUCCAAUUAUUGAUGAAAAGGAAAUACCAGAUUUAACUAAUCAAAGGUCAGUCAAUGAAGUAUCAAAUGGCCACCUAUCAUCCAAUAGUUCUUCUCUAUAA